UUCAUCAAUGUUCAUCAUUAACUCAUCCUGUAUGAGGGAUGUGAAUCUGUGAAAAAUGUACGCAAUAAGUACAGUAUGAGUGGCGUGAAAAAAAAAAUUAAUCAUUUAGCGGUGUUCAAACAACAAACAAAAAAUGAAGAUAACGCCGAAUUGUCCGAGGUUAACAUUAUAUCUGCAAGAAAAACUGGAAAUUUAAAUCUGUCUUCAAGAGGGCUAUGCACGGUACCUAAUAGAAUAUGGAAUAUAAAUGAUUUAACAGAAGAAGAGGUAAAGGAGUUACAUUUUGAACUUGACUAUGUACAUACAAAUGAGAGGUGGUGGGAACAGGAACCUCUUAAGAUAUUGGACUUAAGCUGCAACAGCUUAACUACAAUUUCUUCAAAAAUAGAAUGUUUAUCAGAAUUGACUACACUACGUUUACACAAUAAUUUAUUGGAAGACUUGCCUCCUGAAAUUGGAAAUUUAUCUAAAUUAAAGGUUCUAAAUGUAUCAAAUAAUAAAUUAAAGAAAUUACCUCAUGAAUUCUAUAAACUGAAUGAAGUACAAGAAUUAUAUUUAAAAAACAAUGGUAUAAUAGAACUGGAUCCUGCGAUUGGUGAUUUAAUAAUGUUAUCCCAUUUGGACUUAUCAUAUAACAAUUUAUCUGAACUGCCAGUGGGAAUGGGAUAUUUGGUACGAUUGAUUUCCUUGGAUGUUAGUCAUAAUAUGUUGAAAGAAUUACCACCUGAUUUAAUGAGUAUGAGAGCAUUGCAAAAGUUAGAUGCAAGUUAUAACGAGUUAGAAAUAUUGCCACCUUUUGGGGAAUUGAGAAAGGUAGAAGCAAUAAUGUUGCAAACGAACAAAUUAACAACAUUUCCUGAUGUAUCUGGUUGUACACUGCUAAGAGUACUACAUUUGGCUGAUAAUAAUAUUAUAGAACUUGAUAUGUCUUGUUUGGAAGGAGUAGGGCAAUUAAGAACGCUGACUUUAGGGAACAAUAGAAUUGAUACAAUACCAGAGGAGAUAAUAAAGUUGGUAAAUCUGGAAAUUUUAGACUUAUCACACAACAGUAUUACUAUAGUAUCAAAUUAUAUUGGUAUAAUGCCAAAUUUGAAACAAUUUGUGAUCGAUGGAAAUAAUGUACAAAAUAUAAGAACCGAUAUCAUAAGAUGUGGUACAUCUCGUAUUUUAAAGCAUAUACGACAGAGUGUUACCAGUACAAAUUUAAGUACAAAAGAAUAUAUAGUCUCAGAAGGCAAUACAAGUGUUUAUCCGGAUAAAUAUACAAUGCAGAGUACGAAAUUACUUAGUUUGGCUGGACGAAACCUUGUUGAAUUACCACAAGAAGUCCUGGAAAAUGCGUGCAAAGCUGAUAUAAGCACAAUGGAUCUAAGUAGAAAUAAGCUAUCUGAUUUACCUGAUGAAUUAUCUAUAAUUACAAGCAUUGGCGAUUUGAAAUUAACAUCCAAUCAAUUAACACAUAUACCAGAAUGGAUUGGCGAAAAAUAUAAGUACCUGCAAGCAUUGGAUUUAAGUAAAAAUUUGUUGGAAUCACUCCCUUCUAGCCUUGGUCUGCUGAAAUAUUUGCGAGAAAUUAAUAUUUCAUCUAACAGGUACAAAGAAAUACCAGAAUCUAUAUACGAGGUUGAACCAUUGGAAAUAUUUAUAGCAAAUGACAAUGCAAUAACGGACAUUGAUGUGUCAUCAUUACAAAAGUUGCGAAAACUUGCAAUAUUGAAUUUGGCUAAUAAUAACAUUGGCUACAUACCACCAAAUCUUGGCAAUUUGAAGAAUCUAAGAACAUUAUCUUUAUCCGGAAAUUAUUUCAAACAACCAAGACAAGCAAUUUUAGCUAAGUCUACGGAAGAGAUACUUGCAUAUCUUAGAGACAGAAUACCUCGCUAA